AUGGAGCCAAACCCCCUACCAAACCCGACUGUUUCCAUUACUGAAGGAGGGGACAUUGAAACAGCUACCAAAUCAGCACCAAAAGUGACUGCAGACUUAGUCCAUGGACUGCAGCAAUGUCGAGCCAACACCAUAUUUUGGAAAAAUCUCCACACAGACAUUGUUUCAAAAAAUUUCGAGGGCCAAGCUAGGUGGGGUGUCAUAAAGAACCACACAAUUCGGUCUCGUUAUCAAGCCAGGAUGCAUCUCCUACAUAUAAAGACUGUGAAAGCUAAAAUUGUAAAUGCCCCUACAACUGUAGUUGUCGUAUUCAAGGAAUCUAAGGAAAUGGCUCAGCUGAAGCAAAAACAAAUGGAAACCGGUUUCGAACUGUUUCGGAAGUUUGCAAAAAUUGUGGAUCCAUAA